AUGGAUAAUACUAUUCUCAGAAGGGCUAAAUCGUUAAAGUACUGCAAUAUGUGGAGUAUGAUAGAGGAAUUUAUGGACAUUGUAGAUGAAUUAUGGCAGCAGAAUGUGUCUGGUACUCCUAUGUACCAAGUAGUAGUAAAACUGAAGAAAUUGAAGCAAGGUCUCAAGAUGUUGAAUAAGGCUAAAUCCUCUAAUAUAGAGAAUGAAACCAUGAUGGCUUUGACAAAAUUAAUUAAGGAAAAUAAUCAAGGGAUUGAAGAAGCUUUUGUACAAUACUAUGAAAGUCUCUUGGGUAUUGAUGACAGCUCAUGUUGCAGGGUGAGUGAUAGUAUUGUUAAAGAAGGCCCUAUCCUUACUUCUGAGCAGCAACAACACUUGUGUGUUCCAUUUACUGAAGCUGAUGUAAAGGUUGCUAUUUUUGACGUUGAUGAUACAAAAGCUGCAGGCCCUGAUGGAUAUAUAUAUACUAGUAACUUUUUCAAGAAAGCAUGGGGUAGAAUUGGGACUGAUGUUUGUCAAGCUGUAUUAAAUUUCUUCUAA